AUGUGCAUGACAGAACCCAUCUCCGCUGCUACCAUCAGCACUCCCACUACCACUGAUGGUAGUGUGAAAAAGAACAAAUGUGUUUGCUUUGCCAAAAAGGUGGCUACCGUGGUAGCCACUGUGGAAAUGACAGACCCCACCACUCGUUGGCACUCCAAACCCGACCUGAACGAAUUCAAGGCCAAAGCCAAGCAGCUUUCCGAACACCUUCGUCAAAGCCAACCCUUGUUGGCCUUGGAGAUUGAAGAAGCCUACGAAACGACGCGUCAAAAGGACUCGGAAGCGGCCGCCGAUUUGCUCCCCACUUGGUCCACCUUGGUAUCGUCUCGUCGUGGCUUGGAACGCUUUGUCUUGUCCAAACAACAACGCCGCGAUCAAGCCCAAGAAGUCAAGGCAUCCCGCAGUGUCGUUUUGAAUCUCCAGUGUCUCUUUAAACGCAGUCCCAUGGCCGCCGAAAUGGCCGACACGCACGCUGAAAUGAUGCGAAACCAGUACUUUGAAUUUGCCAAACCGGCACAACUCUUGGCACAAGUCUACGGCAAUGCCGAUGCUCAAGCGGUCAUGCCCUAUUAUCAUGACGAAGAACUCGAGGAAGACUUGUACGAAGAAGACGAUCUCUUGGACACUGACGACGCUGGAUCCCUCCACUCCAUGGCUUCCAAAGAGUCCAGGGAUAGCAUCAGUAUCAAAAAGACCAAAAGGAUCAAGCGACGAAAGAGCAGCAACGAAGUCAGAAAGGAGGGACGCCGCAAGACUCCCACCAAGAGCAAGUCUUCCUCCUCCAAGUCCAGAACCAAGUCUCCCAUGCGACGAGUCCAGAGCCUUGUCAGCGAUUACGGUGAUUACGGACUUAUCAAUGGCGCUCGACCCGUCUAG